GUUGGGGGAUGCGCUGGGGGGCGAGCAGUGGCUGCGGAGCGGGGUGCGGGGGCUGCUGGACGGGUUGCUGCGGGAGGUGCAGCUGCAGGAGCCCACCCUACGUGAGGUGCUGGUGGUCUACCGACCCGCCCACUCCCGCAUGGCGCAGCCCUCGGAAAAAACUGCUGCCAACGGCAACAACGGCAACAGCAGCAGCGGCAAGAACAUACCUCCCUCCACCUCGCCCUUCGCUGCCUUCACAUCUGCAUUCAAGCCCUGGCAAUGGGCGUCACCCUCCUCCUCCUCCUCCUCGUCCGCCUCGUCCUCUCCUGCUGUCACCGCUGACGCCGGUGUCGCGCAACAAGACCAACAAGGACAACAACAACAGCUACAGCAGCAGCAGCAAGGUAGGGGGGGGCGUGCAGUGGGGGACGGCAAGACCGGCCCCGCGUGGCUCCGCUUCCCAGCCCUGCCCGACAUGGCUUCUUGGGCAAGAACACGUGAACAGGCACAACAACAACCGCAUCAGCAACAGCAGCAGCAGCAACAACAGCAGCAGCAACAGCAACAAAGACAGCGGCAACAGCGUCGUCAACUUCCGCAGCGGCAGCGGCAGCAGCAAGUUGAGUUGCCGCAGCCACAGCCGCCGUCACCGUCAGAAGUUGCCACCACCGCCGCUCCCUCUACUAGCACCGACGACAGCACCACCACCACCGUUACCAACAACCACAACAACAACAACCACCACAACAAGACGCGUACCCUCCCUGCCCCCACCAACCCGCCCGCCACUCCUCGCGCCGCCUCCACUCGUACCCCCCCUGCCCCCACCACCCCUCGCCGAGUGGUUGCGGGGUUGCGGUCGGGUUGGCUGCGGCGGCUGCUGCAGCUGGAGUGGCUGCGGGGGCGGGGGCGGCUGUGGCAGCGGAGGGCGGCGGUUCGGCGGCCGCCGCUGCAGAUCCGGAUAUACCGAGACAUACCGCUGCCCACUUGGAAGGUUGUGCUGCCCGAGAAGCUGCUGCAGUUCCGCCCUUUGGACCUGCUGCGGCUGGACUUGUUUGGGGUGGCGGGUCUGGCGGGGCUAGCAGCGCAGGCCCGCUACGACAGCCUGCUGCUGGACGUCCUGACGCUGGUGUCCGCGGGGGUGCUGCUGGUGCGCAUCGUGCUGGGGUACCAGCGCAUGGCCGACAGGUUCCGCUCCGUUGUGAAUGA